GAUCAUUACCGCAAGCAAUUUUUGCCUGUCACACAGACAUGCAAUUUCCAACUUCGUUGGACACCAUCUGUCCCGUUCUCAAGGAUUUACGAGAAAUAAUUUUGCAACGAUUGCACGGUAAUUUCCGGAACUCACCAUGUGGUAAAAUACUGGCUCUACAUUAUUCAACAUUCGACUUCUGUCAUUGCACCUAAUACACGACAUUUGACAGUUCGAGUUCCUCGCUACCACACGUUGUUCGUAAAAUAUUGGUCCACUAUGAAAGUCUUGGUCUUAAUUUUUAUGUCAUUCGCACUGUUGCACGUCUGCCAAUCUGAUAACAUUUUGACUGUGUUUAUGAGGAACUAUUAUCAGGCUUGUAAUAUUCAUCAAAUUGUCAUUUUCGCUUGUUGGGAGAAUGCAGCCGAUCUUUCACGGGAUAUUAUGGGCUUCGAUACUGUCGUCACUUACCGAUCUAUCACGAAUAGUGUUGAUUUAAAAAAUAUUCUCCGUGUGAACUAUUAUCGUGUUGGAGUUGUGUUGGACUUUGAUUGUCCUCUCGGUGAAAGUAUUCUUGAUAAGUUCUCCAAUGACCUUCGCUUCAAUGAAUCUUAUCACUGGCUGGUGUUGUCGAAAUUCACAACAAUACCUGUCAAUUACCUAAAACGUUUGAGUCUGACAAUAGCCUCAGAACUAACAUUCGCAACUCGUGCUGACGACGUGUUCAAACUCUACGAGAUUUACAAUCCCAGUUAUCGUCACGGGGGUGCAGUUCGGAUUAUUACUAAGGGUGAAUGGAUUCCUGGGACCGGUUUAAUUCUGGCAUUGAGCGAAUACAAGUACAGACGUAGAGCGGAUCUUCAGGGAUUAUCUCUUAAUUUCUCCCUUACGUUGGCCAACCGACCCCUACCGGACCUCCUGACUUAUUUAUCCAGUCCAGCAAAUAGAGAACUGGAUCCUAUGACUCGAUCACAAUAUCCUUUAGCAUUAUACCUUCAGGACAUGUAUAAUUUCAGCAUGGAAUUGCAUCAAGCAACGACAUUCGGAUAUCUAAUCAACGGAUCUUACAACGGCAUCAUCGGAGAUAUCAUAUCAGGUUUUAUUGACAUGAGCAUCACCCCUUUCGAGUUUCACGUACCACGAUUGAAAGUCAUAGAUUAUGCAGUGGUGACAUGGUACGCUGACACCACUUUUGUAUUUCUCCAUCCAAAGAGUUCGACACUGCGCAAUAAUUUCUUGAAACCUUUCACCAAUGAUUUGUGGUGGAUGAUUCUGAUGGUGGCUGCUAUCUAUUGGAUCGUGUUACUGCUCUCGUUACUUCUGGAACAGCAUCAUCAGUCUCGAACACGAAUUACCGGCUUGAGUGCCAUUGAAACUGGCCUGACUACCUUGGCAGCUCUAGCUCAACAAGGACUAGGUGACAGUCCAAUUUUCUACUCCGGACGAAUCACAUUUCUUUCGCUAUUUUUCUGGGCUCUUCUCCUCUACCAAUUCUAUUCAGCGAGUAUCGUUAGCUCCUUGAUGACGCCUCCACCUCGAUGGAUCAAGACCAUAAAAGAUCUGUCUGACAGUGACGUUGAAGUGGGUGCUAGAGAGCAUCCAUAUUUUCAUAAUUACUUCGAGAAAAUAACUGAUCCGGACAGCGUUGAUCUGUACAAUCGUAAGAUGAAGUCACCGACGAAAAAUCCAAACGGUUUUCUACCGGUAAAUCAAGGGUUCAAGAGAGUACAGGAGGGUGGAUAUGCUUUUAUCACCGAGAGCGCUGUUACCUAUCAAAUUUUGCACGAUACUUUUUCUGAGGACGAGAUAUGUGCGCUGCAAGAAGUCAGGGUGGGAAGACCUCGAUGGUUAUCGCCCAUUUUACCAAAAAAUUCUCCCUUCAAAAAAAUGAUUAUUUAUGGAUUACGAAAAAUGGUGCAAUCAGGAUUGCUGAAUCGUUUGCAGAAAGUUUGGCGUGCCACUCGUCCCCAAUGUCCUGAAAGUUACAAUACCAAGCCGACACCGAUGAGCAUGAAAGAGUUCAGUCCAGCACUAAUUCUUUUAUGCAUCGGUGUUGUCAUUUCUGUCAUGGUAUUGCUCAUGGAGUACUUGUACUUCUAUUUGGAAAGUCGAUUCAACUCGAUUAGACUGAAUGUCGAGGCAUCAAGAGAUCAUUAUGAUGAUCAGAAUACAGAAGUCUUCACUUGAUGGGUGAUCCUUCGGAUUUAUCUGCUGUGCAAUUUCCCCUGAUGAGACUGCAGUUCAUGAGUUUACGUAGAACGUCUGAUAUAGAAUAAGCUAAUGUACAAGCACUAUCUAAUCGAUCUAAUCGAUCUAAUCGAAUCUAAUCGAUGUAGUGGAACUCUCAUGUCAUGAAUAUUGUGAUGAAUACAAUCAGAUUAUACUGAAGAUGGGUUUACUAUUCUUCGUAGUUGGCUUUGAGGUUCCCCCGGAUGCCACAUACACUCUCUCAAGGAUUUUUAUGGUGCGGUUUAUGGC